UCGGGGUCCCUCUGGCUGCACUCUGGAGGACCGCACUCGUUUCCUUUUCGGCGGCGGGAGGCCCCGCAGCCGCGGCUGAGCUGGAAGAAAGAUGGCGGCGGCGGUGCGGCAGGACUUGGCCCAGCUCAUGAAUUCGAGCGGCUCUCAUAAAGAUCUGGCGGGCAAAUAUCGUCAGAUCCUGGAAAAAGCUAUUCAGUUAUCUGGGACAGAACAACUUGAAGCUUUAAAAGCCUUUGUGGAAGCAAGUAAGUGGAAUGCAAAGUCCAUGUUUACUUUACUUUGUAUUUUUUUGUUGUACCCUAGACAAUACAAUGUAGAUUAUAAACUAGAGACUUACUUGAAGAUUGCUAGGCUAUAUCUGGAGGAUGAUGAUCCAGUCCAAGCAGAAGCUUACAUAAAUCGGGCAUCACUACUUCAGAAUGAAUCAACCAAUGAACAGUUACAGAUACAUUAUAAGCAGCGUUCUCGAAUGCUUGCUACUCUUUUUAAAGAUGAAAGAUGCCAGCAACUUGCUGCCUAUGGGAUCCUAGAGAAAAUGUACCUAGAUAGAAUCAUCAGAGGAAAUCAACUUCAAGAAUUUGCUGCCAUGUUGAUGCCUCACCAAAAAGCAACUACAGCUGAUGGUUCUAGCAUCUUGGACAGAGCUGUUAUUGAACACAAUUUGUUGUCUGCAAGCAAAUUAUAUAAUAAUAUUACCUUUGAAGAACUUGGAGCUCUUUUAGAGAUUCCUGCAGCUAAGGCAGAAAAAAUAGCUUCUCAAAUGAUAACAGAAGGACGUAUGAAUGGAUUUAUUGAUCAGAUUGAUGGAACACGAGAAGCCUUGCCAACAUGGGACAAGCAGAUCCAAUCACUGUGUUUCCAAGUGAACAACCUCCUGGAGAAGAUCAGUCAGACAGCACCCGAAUGGACAGCACAAGCCAUGGAAGCCCAGAUGGCUCAGUGAGCCCGGCAAAGCUCUGUGCACACUGCACCUUUCCCGUGUCGUACAGAUUGAUUCACCUGUCUCCAAAGCAUUUGCAUCGUGACCUUACACGUUUCAAUCCCAUUUAUGCUGGAUUCUACUUAAAGACAUUAUUAGAGCAGGAAAUACAAGCAUUUACAAAUAUGUAGUUCCCAUAUAUUUAGGGCCUCUGUGUUUCAAGCUGACUCAGAUGUGUUGAAACCUUUUUCUUUAAAUGGAGAAAUAACUGGCUAAAAAGUUUGGCAUUUGUGAUAACUUUGUAGUCAAGUAAAACUUAAGUGCUUUGUGCCUCUCCAAAUGUGGUUAUUCUAAUAAAUGGAGAAAUGAG